AUGCAGCAGGUCCUGGACAACCUCGGUGACCUCCCCAAUUCCAUGGGAGCUGGAGAUCUGGAUCUCAUCUUUCUCCGUGGCCUCAUGGAGAGUCCAAUAGUAAGGUCAUUGGCUAAGGCUCAUGAGCGGCUGGAGGAGACAAAGCUGGAGGCUGUGCGGGACAACAAUUUGGAGCUGGUCCAGGAGAUACUUAAAGACAUCACACACAUUGCUCAGCAAGAUAGCACAGCAGCUGAACUGGCCCGCAUCCUCCAGGAGCCCCAUUUUCAGUCCCUUUUGGAAACCCACGAUUCUGUUGCCUCUAAGAGUUACGAGACUCCACCACCCAGUCCUGUCCUGGACCCCAUGUUCAACAACCAGCCAGUUCCACCAGAUGCUGUACGCAUGGUGGGAAUUCGUAAGACUGCCGGAGAACACCUGGGUGUGACUUUCCGUGUGGAACGUGGUGAGCUGGUUAUUGCACGUAUCCUACAUGGUGGCAUGAUUGAUCAGCAGGGGUUGCUGCAUGUGGGUGAUAUUAUCAAGGAGGUGAAUGGGCAAGAGGUGGGCAGUGACCCACGAGCCCUCCAAGAAGUGCUAAAAAACGCAAGUGGAAGUGUUGUCCUCAAAAUUCUGCCCAGUUAUCAGGAGCCACAUCCACCACGCCAGGUAUUUGUAAAAGCGCAUUUUGACUAUGAUCCUGUCACUGACAACCUCAUUCCCUGCAAGGAAGCUGGUCUGAAAUUUGUAGCUGGGGAUCUUCUUCAGAUUGUCAACCAGGAUGAUCCCAACUGGUGGCAGGCCUGCCAUGUGGAAGGUGGCAGUGCAGGGCUGAUCCCAAGCCAGCUGCUGGAAGAGAAACGCAAAGCAUUUGUGAAGCGCGACCUUGAAGUCACACCAUCUUCAGGGGCCUUGUGUGGAAGCCUUAGUGGGAAGAAAAAGAAAAGGAUGAUGUAUCUGACCACCAAAAAUGCAGAAUUUGAUCGACAUGAGCUGCUGAUCUAUGAAGAAGUGGCUCGUAUGCCCCCUUUCCGCAGGAAAACCUUGGUGCUCAUUGGUGCCCAGGGGGUUGGACGGCGAAGCAUUAAGAACAAGCUUAUCAUGUCUGACCAGUCUCAGUAUGGAACUACCAUCCCAUAUACCUCACGGAGGCCCAAGGAGCAUGAAAAAACUGGGCAGGUCUACAGCUUUGUGACUAGAAGUGAGAUGGAGAGAGACAUCAAAGCAGGCCGCUAUCUGGAACAUGGUGAAUAUGAGGGGAACCUCUAUGGAACUAAGAUUGACUCCAUCCAUGAGGUUGUGGAGUCAGGCAAAAUGUGCAUCCUGGAUGUUAAUCCACAGGCUGUGAAGGUGUUGAGGACAGCUGAGUUCGUCCCAUAUGUGGUGUUCAUUGAAGCACCAGAUUUUGAGACUUUACGAGCUAUGAACAAAGCAGCUUUGGAAAGUGGUGUAGCUACUAAGCAACUCACGGAUGCUGACCUGAAGCGAACUGUGGAUGAGAGCUGCCGAAUCCAGCGAGGCUAUGGGCAUUACUUUGAUCUCUGCUUAGUGAAUGAUAAUAUGGAGCGGACAUUCCAGCAACUUCAGGUGGCCUUGCAGAAGCUGUACAAUGAACCACAGUGGGUUCCUGUCAGCUGGGUUUACUAGAAAGGAGUUCCCCUCUCCUCUCCAUAGCCUCUGAGUCUUGAUUUUCCCCACCUUCUACUAUCUCCAUUUUUGCCAGGGGACC